UAACUAAGAUUGAAAUUCUUUUGUUAGAAGGGCCUUUUGACGCUAUAUAUUCUGCUACUAUUAUAUAUCAUGCAAUGAACAAAAAUAAUUUACCUCCGUAUGAACACGUUAGAGGGAUAGUAGAACGAGCGGUUUUGGAGAUUUUACCAGAGUUUUGGUAUGUUAUUGCUGAAGGUCAGGGGAUGCUGGUCCGGAAGAGCGAUGUUGUUAGGAAAUUCCUUCAGAUGUCGAGGAUUUCUGCUACCCCUGGCUAUGGAAAGCGAAUACAAAAGUGUUAUAGGAUUAAACACAAUAAAGGUGCUGAAUAUGAUUCGACACCUGAUAAUACAAGAGAAAAAAUAGGACGGAAUAUUGAUUUAUUAAAAGAAAAGCUUAAUCAUCCAAUGAUAGAAGAUGAUGUAUCUCUCUACAACGCUCUUAAGAAAAAGGUUAAUAACAUCAACAUCUCACAACUUACAUGGCGAGAUCCGGAGGCGAGUAUGAUUCUUAGCGAUAAUUCAGAAAUGAUAAAUACUUUAAAGCGCAGGUAG